GAAGUGCCGCAAUGCAUGCCGGUGACUGCUGGUUGUAUCGCAGACACGAAAAGGGGGCGUGGCCGGCGCGCAGCCCGGGGUUGCUAUGGAGAUGACGUGCGGGCGCGCAAAAGAGAGGAGGGGCAGGACGCGGAGGGGCGUGGCUUUGACGGGAGAGCGCGAGCAAGAGGCUACAGUUCGGUUCUAGCGGUUCCUGAGGUGAGUACGGGGAGCGAGACGGCGCGAGGCAGCGCUGGGUGCAGAGGCCCGAAUUGCACGGGGCGUGUCGGUGCAGCAGGUCCCAGUGAUAUCACCAUGCCCAUACGUCGUGCAGUCAACUCGUCCACCCAAGAGUCUCCUCCCAAGAAUCGCCCGGCUGAGAGCGAGGAGAAAGCAGAUGCCAGCUCCGAGGAAUCGGCUUCUAUUGGGGAAGAGCAGGAGACCCCCCCAGCCACUUCCAGCGAGACGGAGCAGCCCAAGGAGGCGGAGCCUGAGGAGGAGAAGAAGGGAGAUGGACCGAUAACCGAGGAGACCAAAAAGGAGGAAGAGAAGGAACAGUCGAAGGAGAAAGAAAAGAAAGUGAAGAAGACGAUCCCGUCUUGGGCGACUCUCUCUGCCAGUCAGAGGGCUCGGGCCCAGAAACAAACUUACGUGUCUUCUUCCUCCCGCCCCAAGAUGGACGCCAUCCUGACCGAGGCAAUUAAGGCCUGUUUCCAGAAGGGCGGUGCGUCGGUGGUGGCCAUGCGCAAGUACAUCAUCAGUAAGUACCCCUCCCUGGAGCUGGAGCGCAGGGGCUAUCUGCUCAAACAGGCGCUCAAGCGGGAACUGGAGAGAGGAAUUAUCCGCCAGGUGAAAGGGAAAGGUGCGUCUGGCAGUUUUGUGGUGGUUCAGAAUUCUGGCAAAUCCACUGCCAAGUCCCGAGACAAGAAGAGAAGCAGCGCCCCCGCCGGGGACCAGCCCAGUGUCAAACUGGAGGAUAUCUUGCCCCUGGCAUUUACCCGCGUCUGUGAGCCCAAGGAGGCCUCGUACAGUCUCAUCAAGAAGUACCUGUCCCAGCACUACCCCAAACUCAAGGUGGAUAUCAGACCUCAGCUGCUGAAGAACGCCUUGCAGAGAGCUGUAGAGAAAGGGCAACUGGAGCAGAUCACUGGCAAAGGAGCUUCUGGCACAUUCCAGCUGAAGCGGGCAGGAGACAAGCCUCUUCUGGUGGGUGGAGCCUUUGAGGAUGCCAUACUGGCCGCCAUUACCGCCAUGAACGAGCCCAAGACUUGCUCAACCACCGCCAUCAAAAAGUAUGUCCUGGAGAACCACCCAGGGGUUAACUCCAGCUUCCAGGUGCAUCUGCUGAAGAGGACGCUGCAGAAAUGCGAGAAGAACGGUUGGUUGGAGCAAAUCUCCGGGAAGGGUUUCAGUGGGACCUACCAGCUCUGCUUCCCAUAUUACCCAAGCCCCUACGUGCUGUUCCCUGAGAAGCCCCAGGAGAAGGAGGAGGAGUCUGAGGACGAGGAGUCUGAUGAUGAUGAGGAGGAGGAGGAGUCUGAAGAGGAAGAAUCAGAGGAAGAGGAACCCCCUCCAAAACGGAGGAUGCAGAAGAAGAAAGCGCCUCCCAAAUCCAGGGCAAGAGCCCCCCCACCCAAGAAGAGAGCCCCCCCAUCACGAGGGAAGGCAAAAAGUGUUCCGAAAAAAGCCCCCCCACCCCCUCCUCCAAAAUCCAAGAAGGGAAAGGCUGCCCCGGCUCCUCCUCCUCCUCCUGCCGCCAAAAAGCCCGUCCGUCGCCCCCCCAAGAAACCCGCGGCAGCGAAGAAACCCGUGAAACCAGCGGCAAAGGGCAAGUCGAGCCAGAGGAAGUCGCUGCGCGUGCGGAAGUGAUUGGGCCCCGGGGGGAGGAGCCAGUGCUCAAUUUACAGGAGAAAAAAUACAAAAACUUUUGUAAGGUUUCCGUGCGUUUCCUUUCUCCACCCCCCCCCCCAGCCCUGAUUGUCCCCCCUUUAUUUUCUUUAGAUGUAGCCACUGUGUCCCCUUGGGCCCCAGAGAAACCAGCAGCCCCCCCGCGUGGCUCUGAAACAGCUUUUAUUUAAGGAGAAACUUGUAUUGAGCUUUGAGUUGAUUUUUGUGCAUUUAGUUGUAAUGCAGCCCCCAUUUCUGCUCCUCCAAUCACAAGACCCAUUUCUGCUCCUCCAAUCACAAGACCCAGCACUGCCCCCUUCUGCUCCUCCAAUCACAAGUCCAGUUGCCGGCCCCUCCCCGUCAGUCCAGCAGCGUCACGUAGGGCAGAAAAGUGUCCAUUUUGUACAUUAAAUCCCAACUUUUCACCAUCGGUGCCCCCCCUGGUGCUCACUCAAGCUUUGUUUCUUUUCUUUGUCCCCAAGCAAAGGCUGCUGGGAUAGAUAAAUGGGGUAGUAUGUCUUGUAGCAGUCACUAAUGGUAUGAAGUAUAACGAGGGCUGGGGAUGUGCAGUGUUGGUAGCAGUAGUAGGACGUAAGUCUGCCUCACUGCUGAGACGGUACAAUUUGCUGUGGCCCCUUUGUUUCCGUUGCCCAUUGUUCCAGCAGCGCAGGAGGGAAAGCACACACCGCAUGUUGUACAAAAGCUCAGACGCAGCACUUCCUGUAUCCAGCCCCGCCCCCUCCCACCUAAGCCAAUCGUGUCUUUACUUUAAACUUUGCCAUUUUGUAAGAAGCGGCCCCGCCCAAGGACAGAGAUGUGAUCCAAUGGGUCUCCUGCUGUUUGCUAUAAUAAAAACCUAGAUUCUA